AACGAUGUAAAGAUUAGUUUGAAUAAAAAUAAAUCUUAUUACUACAUUCCAAAAGAAAGAAAAAAAAAUAUAUUAUGUGUUUUGUUUGUUGUUUGGUAGUUCCGAAUUUCUAUAUAUUAACUACUUGAUGCGUGUCGAUUGAAGGUAGUCGGAUUAUCUAGUAGGGUGCACGGCGUGUGUGUGUGCUUUCAUUUUUAUUCAUACAUCGUACAACUGUGAUGGCAGACUGAAUACUUAAUUGACGAGAAGUUUAAUCUAACUAUAACUUGAUAUAUUAAUUGCAUUAUUCACAUUUUUCCUAGUCACCAUUUUAUAAUGUUUAUAAUAAUAUUUAAUAAUACAAUUUCUUUAAUCAUUUCAAGUAGCUCAGGCAACUUUUGUGUGCGCUCCGGAUACUGAGCAUGAAAUUCCGUAAACUAUUUUUUUCAAUACACUUGCUGUUACGGUAAAAUAUAAUAGUAUUGUAUUGAAAAAGAGCGAUUCUGAAAUUCCAUGGCCAAGGAUGCGCACACAAUAUUAUUAUAAUAAUUUGUCUAAGCUCACUUAUUUUCCAAAUUUUCCGAGCGAUCGAUUUGAACGAGACUAAAUGAACAAUAAUCUCGAAUUAUUAUUACUUUUUUUUACAUCGUCGUAACUUAUUCUACUACAACACAUUUAUACGAAUAUUUAAUUGGAAUAUGCAGAGCAUGUAAGAUUACAUAAAUAAACAUAUAUACAAUAAUAUCUGCUUUUCGAUCCACCCUGUACUAUUUUGCAAACCAGGUCAAUGCAAAUGUUUACGAAAGUAAAGAAAAAAUAAACAAAUUAAAUCGAGGCUACUCAUAUUUAUUUGUCGCAUUGUUUUUAACAUUGUCGUAAUGGUUUUUGAAGUUCCCUCCGCGCUUUUCAGCGCAGUUUUAUCGAUUCGGAAAAUGCGCGCGCAAAAAUAUCCUCGCGCUACGCCAACCAACAUAUUUCCUGAUUACGGGACAUUCUGUACGCGAUCAUGACACCUAACAGCGGACAGGUGGUUUAGGAACCGGCAAACCACCGUCAUUCUUUCCGAAGAGGGGGGCAACAGGUUGAGGACGGCAGAACGGUGACAAGACUACUCCUCAGCAAGACGCCCAACGAGAGUUUCCGCUUUUGAUCAGCUUAAGAUGGAAUAUGAUUAUCUGAUCAAGUUCUUGGCGCUCGGCGAUUCCGGUGUCGGGAAGACGAGCUUCCUGUAUCAAUACACCGAUGGGACCUUCAAUUCCAGAUUCAUAUCGACAGUAGGCAUAGAUUUCAGGGAGAAGCGAUUGCUGUACCAGACGAAGGGUCGCAACCACAGGGUUCAUCUGCAGCUCUGGGACACCGCCGGACAAGAGAGGUUCCGCAGUUUAACAACCGCUUUCUACAGAGACGCGAUGGGCUUCCUACUAUUAUUCGAUCUAACUAGCGAGCAAUCCUUCAUUGAAAUACGCAACUGGAUCGAACAAUUACGUAUACACGCGUACUGCGAUUCGCCCGACGUUAUUCUAUGCGGAAACAAAGCAGACCUGGAAGAUAGGCGCGUGAUUAUGGAAUGGAGGGCUCGAGAUUUGGCCGAGAAAAAUAAUCUAGUGUAUAUUGAAACAAGCGCAGCUACCGGACAAAAUGUGGCCAGAGCGGUGGAAACUCUUCUAGAGCGGGUGAUGAUUCGCAUGGAAUCCGCAGUGGAUAAAGCUAUGCUUCCAGGGAGGCGCGGAAGACCCCGAGAUUUGGACAACGUCGACCUAAAUUCCCAGCAGAAGUCCUGCGGUUGCUAAUUUCGGCCCUUCGCGCAUUCUUUAUUUAUUUCGGUUCGUGAUUGACGUUUACGAAAGGAAAGAUUUUUUUGGGAUUAUAAGCGAAUUUACUCAAAUUGUUAAUUGUGAUAUGUAAUAAUUCCUGUUUUAUUUGUAUCCCUUUCCGUAAGACAAUGUGUGUACCUUGUAAUGAUAAUAUAAUCAGAAGUUAUAUAUAUAUACUGGACUAUAGACGUAAAGACCUUUA